AUGGCAUUUGCUACAAUCACUAUACCAACCCCUUUCAUAGAUACAUCUGUCAUUGACAAUGAUGUGCUGGUUACGGACUCUCGCAUGGAUGAAGAUGAUGAUAUGAACUGCGGUAGUGACAAUGAUGCUCAUGACAAUAACAGUAACAAAGACUGUGAAGACAGCGAGGCUAAUGAAGACGAGGAUGAGGAUAAUGAUGGCUCCAUACGUGAAAAGACUUCACCAGACAGCAUAGAAGGUGAUAGCGACAACGAUGCCAAGGAUGUCGAUGAAGAGCCUGAGGGUGCUGGUGAGGGGUCUGAGGAUGCUGAUGAAGAGCCUAAGGACGCCGAUGAAGAGCCCGAGGAUGCCGAUGAAGAGCCUGAGGAUGGUGAAAAUAAUGAGGACCUUGAGACUCCGCUAGCCAGGAGACUUCGGCCCCGAAGGGCCAAGACAGGCAACUACAAUUUAAGUUUCGACCAUGGUCCUCAAACCUCUUCAUUGGAUACCAGCUACCAUGAAGGCCCCGCAACAUCCGAUGAAGGUUCCGCCCAUGAGUCAGAUGCAGGCGAAGACCUCAACCUCGACCACAACAGCCCGUCUUCCCCACCUACUAAGCGCAGGAAGAAGUCUUCAGUAACUACUCACUCGACAACCGUUCGCACAAAGCAUGUUAAUGCAUCUAUUCCACAUGGCAGCAACCCCACUCCAGCCAGUAUAGUCUUUGGCCCUAUGCCGGACAUUGACCUCAGUGAGAAUGAAGAAGAACUCUCAGGCCAUUUAAAAUGUGGCUGGCUAUGUCAGGAGGGCAUCAAUGAGGCUCAGGAACUUGGAAAGAAAACAGCAGAAGAAGCUCGGGUGAUUGGCGCCAAGUAUGGCAAGUCCGUGCGCGCUAUUCUCAUUGAGGCUGGUCUGUCCAUCAAGCAUUCACGAUCAGAGUCUGAUUGGAAUGCCCACCAACGCUGGUUCAUGGAUAAUCACCCUCGCAAGGACAAAGAAUGUCAGUCCCCCAUUUCUGUGAAAGAACAUCAACGCAAACACUAUCAUGCAAUGGGCAAGGAGAACGAACAGUGGGACAUAAUUCGCAACUAUAACAUUACUGGUGACAAUACCAAUCAAUCACGUGCCAAGACCAUCUUGUCAAUGAGGGAGGAUAUUGCAAGAAAGUUGUCUGCUUAUUCUCGCCUUGAAGGAAUCGAGAUCAUCAGCUGUAUAUUUGAUACAACACAAGACGAGGCUGCUCGACAGGCGUCCGGCUUUGUUGCGGGCUCUGACCUCAUAGUCAAGUUGAUCAAUGAGCAUCAACUGGAUGCUCGCGCAAUUUUAGAUUGGGUCGUGACCACAACAAAAGUGAAAGGCUACAAUAUAUCUGUGCCGCAGUUUAUGGGGGGAGUAGGGGCUUAUGAGAUUCUACUCUCAAAGCCAAACGAGGCUCCCCGCGACCGUUACAGGAGGAUAUGGCCAAUUAUGGUACUCGAGCACACUUCGAAGUUUGGGUAUCGACCCAAAGCAGUCCAGUGGCGGAAGCUUCUUGACUAUGCUUUCCAGUACAAGUUCAUGAUUAAGAACUGGCCUGACGACAUCCUCCCUAUCAGUCCCGAAUUCAAUCCUCACAACCUAAGUUCACAGCACCUCAAGCUACUCGUUGUUCCUUUCAUCAAGCGCAAAGCACAUUCCUAUUACAAGGCAGAACUCCGCACUGAAGCUGAGAGCUUGUUCGAGAUAGAGAAAAAGAAGUCAAAGGGCAAGCACCGAGGUCAGGCCCGCACUGUGGAAGACGUCAUGAGUGAAUUAGACAUUGAUGUACCCGAGAUCAAGUUUGCAGCUUGGCCAGAUGAAUGUAUCAAGCAGCUCGAUGACGAGGUGCCGGAGAUGUUUGACAUCCCCUUGGUGACCAGUGCCUUGGAUGUUGUCCUAUGCAAGCUGGUUGACUCCGCAAAAUAUACUCACGAAACGCUGCCAAGUGAUCAUGAAUCUCCUGUCACUCCGAGCCCCCCAACCUUGCCAUCAAACCAAUGUCCCCCUACAAAUUUCACAGCAGUACAUUGCUGCAAGGAAAAUUAUCUUCCUCAAGCGCCAGAUUUGUUUGAUCGUAAACCUCGCCCUGUUCUGCCUACGAGCAGAGAUGAACCCGUCGGCGGUGGAAGACAACAGACUAGCCUGCCGUUUAAGGCGAAGAAAGCUUUAUGGGUCGACCCUACAUUCGUGUGCUGCAUGGAGGAACGUCCCACUAAUUCUCGUAAUGACGCAGACAUGGAAAUUGAGCCCUACCCUCGUCGCAAGGACAGAAACUUCAUUGCUCCAAACCGCCGUCAUGAAUAUUCACGUUCACCUCCUGUCUACCCUGUGCAAGAUGGACCCUCUCACACAAGGCACUAUUGGCCCACCUACAGACAACGCGAGACAUCUCCUGUCGGACAUAGCGAGGACCAUUCAUAUCCUCGAUGUCCUGCUCACUCAUGCCGGCACAAUCAUGCUAAUGACUACAAUCAGAGGUUCCAAGUAAGGGGAGCUGGUGACUCUCAUUAUGAAGACGGACCUUCGUGGUUUCGCUACUAA